AUAAUUAUAUUAACUUAAACGGAAUAACAAAUAUAUCAAACCAUGGAAACAUAAAAGGCAAAAUUAAACCAGCAGGUGGUCAUAAAGUAAGAUUAGCAAAAACAAAUAUGCAUGUAUAUACAUAUAUAAAUGAAAACAAUUACAUCAAACGCACUGAAGCCAACUGUUGCAACAUGUGCAACAUGUCUUAGAUUUACUGACUGUAAACAACUCACAAGGGACAAACAAAAAGAAGAAAUCCGAAGUAAACCAACCUGUUAAAGAUGGACACAUCGACAAACCAUUCGCUUUUAUGCAACUACACAAGUUUGAUAAACAGUACAGUAACGAAUUGUACAAAUGAAACGGAAAGUGGACGUAAACUGAAUGCGAAUAUGCAACUUUCUGUUGGUGCCAAAGUUUCCAUGUACAUAUGUUUUGGAUUGAUAUUUCUGCUUGGUACAACUGGAAAUACAAUCGUCAUUUACAUUGUUGGAAUAAAACACAAAAUUGUGAGAAACUUUGACUUACAUAUUAUAUCAUUGUCAUUGGCCGAUUUACUCGCUUCAAUAUCUUUACCUAUUCUUACAAUCCAUGACCUAUUGACAAACUUGGAAGCGUGGCAUCUUGGUAUUAUGGGAUGUAAGAUUCUACCUCCUAUGAAUCAUGUCACGAUUCUUGUGUCAGCAUUUAUGUUGGUUAUUAUAUCGAUAUCAAGACUACGGGUGAUUGCAAGCACAAAAACCAUCCGUCAAUCAAAAACAAGAUCACUCAUCGAGAUUGGAGGUGCAUGGCUGUUGGCCCUCUGCAUUGUUUCCCCGUUUGCAUACAAACACACAUACGUUCUUAAAUAUGAUAUAUGCUACGAUGCGUGGCACACAACGGACGGAUUUUUGGAUCGCCUCAGAAGGCUAAUUUAUUACAGUGUGUACGAAGGCUUUGGGUGCUUCAUACCAAUGAUUAUUAUGGGUAUUGUUUACACCAAAUCUGUCAUCAUACUAAACAAUCGACAAGUACCAGGAAACAACAAAACACUAGAAGUGAAACGAAAGAAACAAAACAAACGGAUCAUAAAAAUGUUUGGAACUAUUGUUUUUGUAUUUUUAGCCUUGACGACACCAUACAUGAUCAAUGUUAUCAUUGUGGUGUACUACCAAGCAUACAGAAUGAAAAAGUAUUUAGAAAACACCGAAUUUUUCUUUAAUCUUAACUAUGGACUGUUCACGUUAUCUGCAUUCAAUAGUUGCAUAAAUCCAUUCAUCUAUGCCAGAAUGCACCAUAGCAUGAAGAAGUCAUUCAAUAAACAUGUUAGCACCAUUUGGAAGACAACCAAAAAGAGUGUAUCAGAGAUUUCAGUCACAAGUAAAAGUCAGAUGAGGGGGAGGACAUUCACAAACAUAACAGUCACUGAUGAUGAAUAAGCAUAAAUCAAAGAAGUUGUAAUAAAAAGGCAACAUGUAGAAAACUGAUAUCAAAAAUACUUGAUCACCAAAAGAGAGAACAUAUGUUUAAAAUCACAAGUUAACAUAAAAAAAGUAAAUAAUUUAAUAUUUUGAACUAUUGCUGUAAAAGCGGCAUAAUUCAGCGACUCUCUUAAAAAGAAAACAAAGAUAUAACAACUUUGUUGCAUGCACAGAAGUUUUCUGGCUUUGUGGGUACUGAUCCGUCUCUAUGAUGUAAACAAAACUGGUAUUUCAUAGCGAUAAAAACUUGAAUACGAAUUUCUUUUACGGAGUAGCACAGGCCAAAUUUCGGGUCUUCAAAAUCAACUCUUACAUUGUAAACUCUCAAUUAGGAGCUCUGCCUUUAAACCAAAGGCAACCAACUAUCUACAGCAGCAGAGUAUGGACUGCAAGCUUCUUGCUUCAAGAGAAAUUGUAGUGUUCUUUCUUGAGAUCCAUUAUGCUCAGUUACUGUUGAAAUAUGUUUGUGUUGGAAGGUGACUUGUGGAACAAGUUGAAAGUCGCUUUCAGAAUAUUGAUUUUUUAUAAGUUCUUUUUUUUGUGUUCAAUGAUGUAUAUGUAUGUGUAACUUGUUAUGAAAUAUAUAUUAAAGAAAUAAA